AUGGUUUUAGGGUUCGGAUACGAUAGCAAUAACGACGAUUACAAGGUUUUGAGGAUUGUUCAGGGGGUUGGACUACUUGAUGAUUCCACUAAUAAAGCUCAAGUCUACAGUUUCAAUGAUAAUUGUUGGAGAUGUAUCGAAGGAAUUCCGUACUAUCUUUAUUACGGUUAUUAUCAUGGUAAUCUUGUUAAUGAGGGUUUACAUUAUGUAGUUACUCAAGAGUCGCAUUCUGAGCGUCUGUUUAUUGCUAGGUUUGAUCUUCGGACUGAGUGUUUUUCGCUUAUUGAAUGCCCGAAUUUUGAUGGGAAUCUUAUGAGUUUGUUUAGUUCGACGUUUUUAUUGAUUGAGCUAGGUGAGUGUUUAGAGUAUGGAAACAAAGAGUCUUGGAUUAAGUUGUUAUGUAUUUCACAGCCGCAGACUAUUGGGAUUCGUAAAUGUGCUAAGGCUGUUGUUUACUCUAAGGAUGGUAGAAGAGUUUUGCUUGAGAUAGACGGUUUGGAGUAUGGCUGGUACGAUUUGGAGUCCGAAAUAAGGGACAGUCAUCUGGAAGCCACAAACAAGCUCCUUCAAAAGGAAAAGACACACAAACAUUUGGUAGACCUUUACCAGGCUUCUGUAAAAGGCAAAGAGAAAAAUGCAGAAGCAAAUUAUGUUAAUGAAGAAAAUGCUCCAUGCCCUACCCCUAAUGUGUCCGAUUUUUUCAUGGACAAUGCUGAAAUUGGAAAUGAUUUCAUCUUUGGAGAAAAUAACAAUGCUUAG